AUGGAUCAAGAGUUCAACGCUCUUCUUCACAACAACACGUGGCGAUUAGUUCCCCCAGACCCAACCAUGAACAUUAUUGGGUGCAAAUGGGUCUUUCGUACAAAACGGACUGCCGAUGGCUCGAUUGACCGCUAUAAAGCUCGUUUGGUAGCCAAAGGUUUCAAUCAAGUAACAGGGGAGGAGUUUUUUGACACGUUCAGUCCAGUCGUCAAGCCCACGACUGUCCGCAUCCUGUUUUCUUUAGCUGUCUCGAACAAGUGGACUCUCCGUCAGCUGGAUGUCCACAACGCCUUCCUGAAUGGCCAUUUAGCCGAGACAGUAUACAUGAAACAACCACCAGGAUAUGAAGAUCCAACACACCCUGAUCAUGUCUGUUUUUCUUCGUCCAAGACUGAUGUCUCAUUAUUUUACCACUCGGCGGGUGUCUCUAAAGUGUUUCUACUCGUCUAUGUGGAUGACAUCAUCAUGAUGGGCAGUGACGCCACCCUUGUUGAGUCCUUACUACAUCGCCUUGCGUCAGCAUUCAAGAUUAGAGAUCUUGGCACUCCGGGGUUCUUCUUGGGCAUCGAGACAGUAUCGGCUAAUGGUGGGAUGAUUUUGUCACAGCAUAGGUACAUGGUGGACUUACUUCAUCGGUCUGGGAUGACGGACUGCAAAUCCCUUACUACCCCAGCGUCUGUUACUCAAGCUGUCACUCCGUCUGAUCAACCUUUUGAGAAUCCUACGCAAUAUCAGCGCAUUGUUGGGGCACUGCAGUACCUGACUAUCACUCGGCCAGAUCUCGCGUAUGCUGUCAACCGCCUAUGUCAGUUCAUGCACUCCCCUACUGACGACCACUGGGUAAUGGUGAAACGUGUGUUACGGUAUAUCAAGGGCACUCUUAACUACGGUCUUCGACUCUCUCCUUCCGCUUCAAGCGACAUCCACGCCUACUCCGACUCUGACUGGGCUGGGUGUCCGGUUGACAGGAAAAGCACCAGUGGCUAUGCCGUCUUUCUCGGGAGUAAUUUUUUUUCCUGGCUCUCUCGGAAGCAACGCACUGUUGCUCGCUCCUCCACUGAGGCGGAAUAUAAAGCCCUAGCUGAUGUUGCAGCUGAAGUCACCUGGAUGGUCUCUCUGUUGCGGGAACUUGGGUUGCACACUGGGCGUCCCUCCAACUUAUGGUGUGACAACCUCGGCGCUACUUACUUAUAUAUGCGCUAA